AUGGACAGAUUCACCAAAGGAUGGGUCCAGCACCUUCGGAACACAGCCCGUCAGGAAACCCCCUCGCGGGCGUACCAAUGCCCCCUGUGCGAUGCACAAGUACAGCCCAACAUCGACGCCUUCAGAGCCCAUGUUCGCGCCGACGCCCUGAAGCACCCCUCUCUGGCAAAGGACGCCGAUGUCGAGCAAGCCUUCAAGAAAUGCACGUUGCAUGGCGGCGGCGAACCCCAAAAGGCACUAAGCUCUGCCGCCAAAGGCCCUCGCGACGAUGGCGCGCACUCUGGGAUGCCUACGCGCAAGAGACCGGUGUCCGGGAACCUUGACGUGGAGGAGGGCCAAGACGACGACAAUGAGCGGCCCGACGCAAACAGCGGCGGAACGGGAAGCAGCCGUCGCGGAACCAAGAAGCUGUGCUCGCCGCCCGCAUCUGUCACGCAGCUACGCGGCUCGUCUCCACCGACCCCGAGCCGCAGCCGCGCCCGGCCGCGUGACGGCGUAGACGACUUUGACCGAGGGCUCAGCAACAGACGCCCCUCGACCCGUCGACUUUGGACGCCAGAUGAGGACCGGAGACUCAAUGCUCCGCACAGCCCCAAGGCGCCGCCGCAGAUCAGGCAUGGCCACUCGCCCGCCGCCCCGUCUUCUGGCCAGCGCAGAUCGCCCCAGCAAAAAGCCCUUGGACGCCACCAUCAGCAUCAUCACGCUCACGACAGUCAAUCGGCCUCGGACGCCGCGUCGACGUCGGACGCCAUUCUCCGUCAGCCCAAAACGCGGCCGAUUUCCUCCGACCAGCUCGUUGCCGAGGUCAAGGGCAUCUAUGCCGGGCUGGUCCUGCUCGAGGGCAGGUGCAUAGAGUAUGACAGCUCGCAGCAGUCUGCGGACCUGAGUCAGGAGCAGUAUCACGCGCUGAUUUCGCUUCACCGCUCCUUGCUGCAUGAGCAUCACGACUUUUUCCUGGCCAGCCAGCAUCCAUCGGCAAGCGAGGCUUUGCAGCGCCUCGCCUCCAAAUACGUCAUGCCAGCCCGCAUGUGGCGCCACGGAAUACAUUCGUUCCUGGAACUGCUGAGGCACAAGUUGCCCCAUUCCCUCGAGCACAUGCUUACCUUUAUUUACAUAGCGUACAGCAUGAUGGCGCUGCUGUACGAGACCGUGGAGGCGUUUCGAGACACGUGGGUGGAAUGCCUAGGCGAUCUGGGAAGGUAUCGCAUGGCGAUCGAGGAUGACGACAUCCGAGACCGAGAGAUAUGGACUGGGGUCGCCAGGUUCUGGUACACAAAGGCCUCCAACACGUCGCCGGACACGGGCAGACUCUACCAUCAUCUAGCCAUACUGGCGCGGCCGAAUGCUCUGCAGCAGCUCUACUAUUACGCCAAAUCGCUCUGCGUGGGGAUCCCGUUUCGCAGCGCCAGGGACAGUGUCAUGACCUUGUUUGACCCGCUCCUGAGCGCAAAUUCGACGUCUAGUCAGCGACUGGAACCGGUAGAUGCUGCUUUUGUUCGCGUCCACGGCAUCUUGUUCUCCGGCAAAGCCAAGGAUCAGUUGCAAUCUUCCAUGGAGGAGUUUCUGGACCACUUGGACAGCCGCAUAGGAAGAGAACAUGGCAACUGGCUAGAGUCAGGUUACCACGUGGGCAUUUCGUUGAGCUGCUUGCUUUUGGGCUUUGGCGACGAGUCGAAUGUGCUGAUGAGCGCUAUCCGAAGCAAAACCCAAGAGGGUGACGAGGGUGACGAUGCCAAAGUGACGGACAGCCCCGAGCCAGACGCAACGUUCGAGGCGGCAGUCUCCUUUGCUGCGAAGACGUACGAGAUUGUUAUUGCACGCUGGGGCGACCGAAACACAUUGCCAUGUCUUCACACCAUUCUUGUCUUCUAUCUCUUCAUGACCCAGCAGCCAGCAGCCAUGAAGCAUCUGGAAGGCAGGUUCCCGUGGAAACUACUUUCUGUGCUGCUGAACUACCUCUUGCGAACCUCGGAAACGCCUCCGCGGAUUGACACGAGCGAGUUUCCCGGGCCCGAGAAGAAGGAAGCGCCACACCCUCUUCCCGAAGACUACGCCAUGCGUGGCCUGAUGCACGCGACCGACUAUUUCCCGCAAGGCUGGUUCGAAAAUGAGAACAUUGACGACGACGAGAAGUAUUUCGAACCUGCCUCCACCGCGGGCAAGCGCCGCGAGAGAAUUCUAUGGAUCGGGCGCAGGAUCGCCUCCCACGGCAAGUGGCUCACAUGGGAUGCCGAGACGAGGCGAUUUUCGGCCGCCGCCCAAUACGACGUUGAGAUUGACGAUGGGCGGGUAGCACCACUGCCGUCCGACCGCACUGCUGCGCCCGCCGGAACCGAAGCCGUCCAAGGCGACGGGCAAACCUGA